CCUUAAACCCCCAUGUUUAAAAAAACAAAUAAAACAACAGGAGCCGCAUUAAUUCUGGAACUUUGGUCUGACCAGAGAUCGAACAAAAAUAGUUUUCUGGUAAAUCCUGUUUGCGUCUGUUUUACAGGACUACAUGGCGGCGACCCGCCCAGUAGAGGGUGUGCACUACUUCUCUAACGGGUACGAGUACUACAAGGCGUGUCUCAAGUGGUACCUGUGGUACGACGUCUCCCCCGAACAGAUCUUCGAGACAGGAGUCAAGGAAGUAGCCCGGAUCGAGAGGCAGAUGAAGAAGGUUAUGCAGAGUGUGGGGUUUAACGGCGACCUCAAGUCGUUUUUCAACUACGUCAAAUACAUUCCCAAGUUCUACAACCAUACCAAGGACCAGCUGCUAAAUCGUUACGUGGACAUUAUCAACAACAAAAUCCAACCCAAACUGAAGUUCCUCUUCAAGAAUAUAUCAUUGCCUAAAAUAAAUGUUAUACCCAUUGAGAGUGAUGGACCGUGGGGAUCGUAUGGGCAGAACAUGUUUUACGCCAAUCUGAAGGAUGCAACACAACGGUCAACAUUCAUGAUGCGUCCACUGGCUCUGCACGAAGCUGACCCGGGCCACCACUUCCAGGAGGUGUACGCCAGCAACUUCCCCAUUCCAAAGUACAGGGCUGAGAGCAUCAGCAACAGACUGUACGCCGUGCCAUUCCACUUCCCUGUCUUCAGCGCUUACGUAGAAGGGUGGGCACUAUAUGCCGAAUAUCUCGGUGAAGAAAUGGGCCUGUACGAAGACCCGUUUGACCUAUUUGGUCGAUACUGUUCAGAAAUGUUCCGAGCUUGUCGUCUUGUCAUUGACACUGGAAUCCAUGCAUUUGGGUGGACGAAAGAGCGAGCCAUCACGUUUCUCAGCAACUACAGCGACUUCCCGGACAGUCAGAUCACGUCAGAGGUGGACCGCUACAUCACGUGGCCAGGGCAGGCGUGCAGUUACAAGAUCGGGGAGAUGAAGUUCAAACAGCUCCGGAGCAGGGCGGAGACCGUGCUAGGUCGUGACUUUGACGUGCGGGAAUUCCACGACGUCGUACUAAAAAUAGGCAGCGUGCCACUGAACAUUCUGGAAGAUGUUGUCGACCAGUGGAUUGACAACAAAAUGGCGGCCGUGACGGCUGAGACAGUUACGGAAGCAGUGGCAGCAGCCACGUCAUCGGCUGCCUGUUACCAUGGCAGCAUCUUUGUUGUUCUUGUUGUUCUGAUCUCAGUUACCCUACUUAGACUUGAGCGGUAGCCCAGCCGCAGGCAGCUAUAUAA